AAAUUAGUAGAGUCGGAGCAACGGUUGUUUCUUUUUAGCACAGACUAACUUCAAUAGCAAUCUUCGUCGAGCCACUAUGUCCAACUCUCAAGAACCAACCCAACAGAAUAUCAAUCCGCCAGCGGGCCAGUCUGCUACUUCACAGCAGCCUACCCCUCCUAAUAGCCGUGACCAACCCCCAAAUAGAGCUCCUAACCUUCAUCCUUCCUACACAACAGCAGAUUUAGGACUACGGAGCGACAGUACCCAGGCGCACCUAACUAGUAGCGACAAGCGUGUAACAAAUGGUGUCUAAUUAUCUUAUCCGAGAUGGUGGGAUUAUCGAGGUGUACAAUGCUAUCUUUCGUUAGCUGGCUAGUGGUAGGUGUUUAUCCGACAGCGCCGGAAAGAAUCGAUUUCGAGG